UAAAUAGAUAUCAUACACGUAAAUGAAACAAAUAAUAAUAAUAAAAAUAGAAACAAUGUGUUCAAUUUCGUUAAGUGAACAAAAUCUCGAAAUUUUUAUUUAGUCGCUCACCCCUAUAACCAGCGAAUGGUUCGUUCCAGGAACAAGGAAGCUUCAGCUUAACAUUGCGUUUAGGGAAAUGAAUCUGCGGCUGUGAAUGUGAAAUUCUGCGCAGCAUCCUCAGGCUCGAAAGUUGUGAUUUGUCCGAAAUCCAUUCAGUCCGUUUCACGUUUACCUCAUCAAAGCUCUUAUAGCCCUUAUGGUUUGCUGAAUGAAUAAACCAGCGGAAGCUGUUAUUCUGGACAAAACCAUUUUUUUGGGUAUUGUUUUGCACUUUAACCUUAUAGUAAGCACCUGACAUGUGGAAAUUUGAGAUCUUGAGUCUCAUUGGCAUCUUUAUCCUAGCACUUUUUCUAAUAGCAGUAUGUUAUAUUUUAUACUCUGGACUGACCACUGAAAUCCACAUAAGGACAGGGUUGUCCCCAAUCAAGGGGAUCACAAUAGCCUACAAAUAUAAAGUGGGACCUUAUAAGGACUGUGGAUCACUGUUUAAAGAGAGCUGCAGUAUUGGGCCUAAUCUGUCACCCAUUGGGAUCUUCUAUGAUGAUCCAAAGAAGGUCCCAAGACAGAAGUGCCGCUAUGCGGUGGGCAGUAUUUUGAGCGAAGGUGAUGAGAGACCCAGUGAGGAACAACAGAAACUGUAUGAGAAGCACGGCUUCCAGGUUUUCUCUUUCCCAGAAGUCACACAUGUCGUCACGGCAUCUUUCCCUCACCGAACGCCACUUUCCGUUUUCUUGGGAGUGCAAAGAGUCUAUCCACAACUGAACUAUUACAUCAAGGUAAGGAAGUUGUGCGCACAUCCAUUUCUAGAGAUUUACAGAGGGGGAUUGAUCCACUAUAUGAGUCCAUUGGCCCGGCAAGGAGAUUUCUAUGUUCCUGAGGUCAGAGAGCCUCAGAGAUGGUUACUGGAAAAAGAUUCGGAAGAAGACAGAAGGACAGACAUAACAGGUGCCGACUCCCACAGCGAGCGCAGCUCCACGAGCCGUCUGCCUCCUGAAAGUCGAGACGUCUCACCUGCUCCGUCCAGCACGCCGUCUAGCUCGCAGGGAGAUGGAGACAGACACCGGGAGUAUGAUCGCGACCACGCGGAGAGGAGCGACGACACCUCCAGCAUCUCCUCCUACGAGGAUCUGGACCUUGAGCCAGACAGGACGGUGAGGUGUGAUCACACCCCUCCACUCCUCACAGGAGACAGCAAAAACAACCUGCAGGGUCAGGACAGAGAAAUGAUGGUUGAGGAAGAGUGAUAGUGAUGCAUAAAGGGAAUUUGGGGGGAAUUAAUUAUAGGCUUUAAAGGAAUAGUGAACCCAGAAUUGUUACAUUUGGGUUAGCUUUUCUUUUAAAGGUGCUGCUUUUGACAAAUUGACACAAUUAAAGCUGUAAAGAUAACACUGCUGCGUAUCCUGAAGGAUAUUAACAGGUAUAUAAUUGUGCCUGUAAAAAUAAAACAAAAAAUAACAAGUCAGGUAACCUGGAUUUCUUGAAAAGCAUUCUUAUUUUUAGAGCUCCCUUAUUAGUAUUGCAAUGGUAAAUUAGUUGUUGUUUGUUUGUAACUAAUUGAAAUAAUGAUGAAGUUAAACUAUAGCAUCCUUUUAUAAUUUAAUGUGUUUGCGAAUGUACCGUUAUGUUCAUCUUACAGUUAUUUACCCGUAAGACCGAUGUGUUAUUUUCUUUCUGCACAUUCUUUAUCCUUCAAUAAUCACUAAUGUGCACCCAACGAAACUCCAGAAAUUGAAGAUUUAUGUGACUUGAAUAGUAUUUAUCAAGACCAUAUGUUCCUAGACAAACGAAAUCUAUAUUUGCACCAUGCAGAAUCUGACAUUGCCGUGGGAGAAGUUAGCAGAUUUCAAACACUUGUUGUUUGUUUGUUUGUUUUUUAUUGUUUGCAUUUGAAGUGUUUAGAGUAGGGAUGCAUAACAAUUAAUCCCGAUUAAUCUAUAACAGUAUAAAAGUUU